GUGUGUGUGUUCGUUCGUAAAUGUGUGUGUGUUCUGCGUGAGUGUAUGUAUCAAGGAUAUAAUAGUUUUAUUCAUUCGGGAACAAGGCACCUCAGACGGAGGAACCUUACUUGCAUACUGGCCUGAGUCACACAAAAGAGUGUUUAACUGAAGAACUUCACUGUGAGACAAGAUGUUUCAGAUUAAAAAGAUUUGCUGUAUAGGCGCUGGGUAUGUUGGAGGUCCGACAUGUAGUGUCAUUGCAAGCAUGUGUCCCGAGAUCACAGUAACAGUAGUGGAUGUUAAUGAAUCCCGGAUCAAAGCCUGGAACUCUGACACCCUGCCCAUCUACGAGCCGGGUCUGAAUGAAGUGGUGUUGUCUUGCCGUGGGAAGAACCUCUUUUUCUCCACAGAUAUCGACUCUGCCAUUAAAGAGGCAGAUCUGGUCUUCAUUUCCGUAAACACCCCAACUAAGACAUAUGGUAUGGGCAAAGGUCGUGCUGCUGACUUGAAGUUUAUCGAGGCAUGUGCACGGCGGAUUGUGGAGAUGUCGGAUGGGUAUAAAAUCGUUACGGAGAAGAGCACGGUGCCGGUCCGUGCAGCUGAGAGCAUCCGCAGGAUAUUUGAUGCAAACACCAAACCCAGCCUCAAUUUGCAGGUUCUCUCGAACCCAGAGUUCCUUGCGGAGGGCACAGCAGUGAAGGACCUGAAGGACCCAGAUCGCGUCCUGAUAGGUGGAGAUGAGACUUCGCUCCGGGACAUGGCAUCACACUGGCCUUCAGUUGUGUUUGUGUCUGUAUCAGGUUUUGGAGGAAGUUGUUUUCAGAAGGAUGUGCUGAAUUUGGUGUAUCUAUGUGAGGCACUGAAUCUCCCAGAGGUUGCUUCAUACUGGCAACAGGUGAUUGACAUGAACGAAUAUCAGAGAAAGAGAUUUGCCUGUCGGAUCAUUGACUGCCUGUUUAACACCGUUACAGGGAAGAAAAUCGCUUUGUUAGGUUUCUCCUUCAAGAAGGACACAGGAGACACCAGAGAGUCCUCCAGUAUCUACAUCUCUAAGUAUCUGAUGGACGAAGGAGCCAAGCUGCAUAUUUAUGACCCUAAAGUGCUGAAGGAGCAGAUAAUCCAGGACCUGUCUCAACCCAGCAUUUCCGGAGACAACCCAGAGAGAGUGUCUGAUCUUGUAACAGUGACGUCGGACCCCUAUGAGGCAUGUGAAAGUGCACAUGCCCUGGUCAUCUGCACAGAGUGGGACAUGUUUAAGGAUCUGGAUUAUGAGAAAAUAUACCACAAGAUGUUGAAACCAGCAUUUAUCUUUGAUGGUCGACGAGUCCUGGACCAUCUGCACCCUCAGCUACAAAACUUUGGCUUUCAGAUCGAGACCAUUGGAAAGAAGGUGACGACCCGAAUUCCCUUCACACCAUCUGGUGGAGUUCCACGAAUCAAUGAACCACCCAUCAAGAAAUCCAAAGCCUAGACACCGACUCAUACACACACGCAUGUGCACUUUACAUUGAUUAAAGUCUUUUGCUGAGAAAACCAAAGUAAUGUGUGACCGUUGCUGGAAAUCUGUUUGUAAAAAUGCAUGUGCUUUGUGUGUGUGCGUGUGUUUCUGUCUUCAGAAUGUUUUUUAAGACUGAGUUUUAUCUUUCAUGGCCAUUCACAAAAAUGCAGUGAUUUAAUGUUUUAAACACUGUCAUUUGUGUCUUAGAUUUUAAAAUCAUUAUUCUUGAAAUUUUUUAGAAUGUUCUCAUGUCUGUGCCAUUUCGGAACAUGUUUGAAACGUAUAUUAACUGUACACAAAACUGAUGUUAAUACAUUAACAUCCCAGUACUGUUUAGUAGUAUAUUAUUGUUUACAGUUAUCAGUGUUAUUGUAGUGUAGAUUUUAAUGACAAAAUCAUCUACUUAUUUGAGAGUGAUGUCUGAAGGAGCAGUAACAGAAGGAAUUGCAACUUUUAAAUACUAGGACCAAGUGGGACAUAAAAAACCGCUGUUGCCUGAAAUUUGGCAUGUGAUACCAAAUAGCUGUUUGUGUGACUCCGUUAUUAAUCAUUUAUGAAUCCUCUGAUAUGUAUUGUUCAACCUGCACUGUGUAUGUUAUUGUAGAGUCACAGUUGUAGCUUUUAUAAAAUCAUCUCUUACUGUACAGGUUUAUAAUGGUCAUGUAUUAUGAUUGAAGAAAAUGUAAUUCUUAAAUAAAUAUGGACCAAUGAAA